AUGGAUCAGGCGCGUUUGAAGACUAUCGAGGAUAAUCCAAUUGAAGCAGGCCUUGAUAGUUUUCAAGCAUUUUUCCGCACGAUCCGCCAAGACCAGAAUCUUACUGCCACACCAGAAAGCUUCGAGAGCCUCAACGGAAACGACCUUGAAGAGCUUGCCGUCGACCUUCUAUUAAGAUUGCAGCGUCUUCGCGUCUCGCGUCUGCUUCCUUCCAGUGGCCGCGGCAACAACCUCCUCACCGACCUAGCGAAACUCGCAGUUGCGAUCGUUUCGAACGAUUACGACCUCGACCGUAUCAAGCCUCUUCUCCAUGCCGUCAUCACCGAGAAUAGCGUCGAUACACUCAUUUGGGAACAGGUCUACGCAGCUGUCGCCGAAUAUGCACCACCUCCCCAGACGAUCUCCUCCUCUCUCCAAGAAACCCCACGGCUUCUCAGUGCAGCCCACUUCUCGAACUCCUCUGGAUAUCGUCAAUAUAUGGAUGGUGUCCUGAAGGAAGAACUGGGCGCAUUGUACAUCGGGCUUCCCAAAUUCCGUGAGACUUUCUUCGGUGCAGUUCCAGAACUUGGUCGAGCAUCUAAGGCUGUAUUCGAAAAGUGUCUUGAGGGCGACGAGCCGCUCUUUCGUGAAGGAUGGAAGGAUUGGCCAGCAGACGCCAACCUAGAUGGAGUUUUGAGCUGGUUUUCGACCGUGAUUGGGAAGCUCGAGGACUUCGCGGACGAAUACAAGCCAACCACAGCAUUACAGCGGAGGCCUCUGGCACAACCUAGCAGACCAAUUCGAGAGUCUACAAUAGAACGCAAAUUGGACGUUGGGUUCGUUAAAAACCCAAGUGCCCAAAAAGACUCUCCAUGCCAUUGGUCGAAGAUCCUGGUGCUAGGAGAACUAAGGAGCAAUCCAUCCGCCGACACGGCUUCGAAGGCUUGGCUCGACCUUGGGAGAUAUGCUAGAGAGGUGCUAGCUGCUCAGGAUAGCCGCCGCUUCGUUUUAGGCUUUACGCUUUGUGGAUCUCAAAUGAGGUUGUGGGAGUUUGACCGUCUUGGAGGGGUUGCCUCACAGAAGUUCGAUAUCAACCAGGACGGAGAACAAUUUGUGUAUACGAUUCUCGGGUUUCUCUGGAUGAGUGACGAAUGCCUUGGGUUUGACCCUACAAUCAUCUCAUCGGAAGGAAGACGGUACAUCGAGAUCGAGCGGAACGGUCAGACGGAGCGACUUGUUAUUGAUAGGCUAAUGAACCGAGCGCCUUGCGUGGCCGGCCGCGCAACAACAUGCUGGCAGGCCCAUCGAGAUGGAGAUGGUACGCCCCUUGUCAUCAAGGAUUCCUGGCAAUAUCCUGAACGAGACGAAGAGGGCAGGCUGUUGCAAGAAGCGACCGCAAAAGGUGUGAUUAGUGUGGCGAGAUACUAUUACCACGAGACUGUCCGCGUUGGAGGCAGAGAUGAUGAUGUUAAUAAUAGCAUUCGAGCUGGCAUGGACGUCAGAGAUGCUACAAAUUAUCGCGCGGAGGAUUCAAUGGCGUCCUCAAGCACCCCGGCCGUGGUCAGCGAACGGGCCGGUCGAAGCACGAGCAUUGCGAGCCGAAAGCGGCCGUCUAGCUAUACUGAUACACCAUUACCGCCCAGCAAGCGAGCCUGCUCGAUCUAUCCCGUAAAGCAGCAGAAAACGGCGGCGCCAGCUGGGAAGAAUCGAGUCCACCGGCGUAUUGUCCUUCGCGAUUUUGGCAAGCCGAUCUACAAGGCAAGCUCCCGAGUUUCCCUCCUCUCCGCACUGGAGGCAUGUAUCGAGGGGCAUGAAUCCCUACGCUCAAAGGCCGGCAUCCUCCAGCGAGACAUCUCGAUCAACAACCUCAUGAUAAACGAGGACGAGGAGAACCCAUCCUGGCGUGCAUUUCUUAUUGACCUCGACCUAGCUAUCAAGGAGCAACAUGAAGGUGAUUCAGGGGCAAGAGAAAAGACCGGCACAAUGCCAUUCAUGUCUAUCGGGGUGCUUCUUGGUGAACAGCACUCUUUCAUGCACGAUCUUGAGUCAUUUUUCUGGGUCUUACUCUGGAUAUGUACUCACUACGAUGGUCCGCAUCGGGGCAGAGUUCUUCACGAGGACGACGAGUGGAAUCCCACUAGCCCCAGCCAGCUCGCAGCCCUGAAGAAAGGGCACAUUUCUCAUGAGGGUGACUUCCUUAGAUCCGAAAAGAAAAAUUUCACACAAUACUACCAGCCGCUGGUUCCUUGGGUCAAUAGGCUACGGAAGGUAGUGUUUCCAAAUGGUAGAAGAUGGGAGAAGGAGGACGCCGGUUUGUAUUCUAGGUUUAGGAAAAUCCUUCGCGAUGCCCAGGAAGACCCAGAGGUUUCACAAGCGUGA